GAUUACAAGACCGCACUUCAACUCAGCUUUUUCAGUGCAAUCCUGCUCCUUGCUGACACACGAUCCCGGGUGUUUUGUCUGAGCUCGGUAUUUUUUGGAGCCCUGUGGGGAUGGGAACGUGCUUGGAUAAAGGAUGGACUUACUGCGGCCUCACUAAAGGCCACUGUCCUCUUAAGGUCAUGUCAUGGCCCCUGGCACUGUGGCUAUUGACUCUAAUCUCUGUGAAUCAAAAGACGACUGUUGGACAGACUCUGAACACCUUUCAAUCAGAGAGGAAGGAGUGGUCGCUGAACCACCUGACUGUGCAUCAGUCUACUGGGGCUCUAUACAUUGGAGCUGUCAACCGAAUCUACAAGUUGUCAGCUAAUCUCACCCUCCUGGUGUCCCAUGAUACAGGCCCAGAGUAUGACAACAAAGCAUGUUAUCCUCCACUGAUUGUCCAGCCCUGUUCUGAGCCUCUUGCCUCCACUGACAACGUUAAUAAACUGUUGCUCAUUGACUACUCUCAUAACCGGCUGCUGGCCUGUGGCAGUCUCUACCAGGGAGUAUGCAAGCUGAUGAGGCUGGAUGACUUGUUUAUCCUUGUAGAGCCCACGCAUAAGAAAGAACAUUACCUGUCCAGUGACAACCAGACAGGGACGAUGUACGGGGUUGUUGUGCCCUCGCAGGGUCAGGAUGCGACUCUGUACAUCGGCACAGCUGUUGGUGGCAAACAGGAUUACUUCCCUACUAUCUCCAGCCGCAAGCUGCCUCGCGACCCAGAAUCCUCUGCCAUGCUAGACUAUGAGCUUCACACUGACUUUGUUUCCUCCCUCAUUAAAAUCCCCUCAGACACACUGGCUCUUGUCCCACACUUUGACAUCUACUACAUCUAUGGCUUUGCUAGUGGCAGCUUCGUCUACUUCAUGACUGUCCAGCCAGAGACGCCUGAGAAUGGGAUGCCCGCUGGCAGCUCUCCUGGCGACCUGUUUUACACCUCUCGCAUCAUCCGCCUCUGCAAAGGUGACAAGAAGUUCCACUCAUAUGUGUCACUUCCCGUGGGGUGCGUGCACAGAGGCGAGGAGUACCGUCUGCUGCAGGCAGCUUACCUGUCCAAGGCCGGCAGGGUUCUGGCAAAGUCGCUCAACAUCAGCGCGCAGGAGGACGUGCUCUUUGCUGUGUUCUCCAAGGGACAGAAGCAGUGCCACGACCCUCCAGAUCACUCUGCUCUCUGCGUCUUCACCAUUCAAGACAUUAACACACGGAUCAAGGAGCGGCUGCAGUCCUGCUACCAGGGGGAGGGAAACCUGGAGCUGCACUGGCUGCUGGGAAAGGACGUGCAGUGCACCAAGGCGCCUGUUCCCAUCGAUGAUCACUUCUGCGGCCUGGAUAUAAACCAGCCCCUGGGGGGUUCGCAGCUGGUGUCGGGUCAGAUGGUGUACACUGAAAGCAGGGACAGACUGACCUCUGUCACCUCCUACGUCUACAAUGGACACAGUGUGGUCUUCUUGGGGACAAGGAGUUGACUGCUCAAGAAGAUCAGAGUGGACGGUCCUCUGGAGGGAGGAGUGCUGUACGAGACAGUGACCGUGAUGAAGGAUAGCAGCCCCAUCCUCCGGGACAUGGCCUUCUCCCUGGACAGGAACUCUCUCUAUGUCAUGUCUGACAAUCAGGUGGCCCAGGUCCCUGUGGAGGCCUGUGAGCAGUACGGUACAUGUGCUGAGUGUCUGAGCUCUGGUGACCCCCACUGUGGCUGGUGUGUCCUUUAUAACAUGUGUCUGUCCUGUGUAAACAGCACGUUUCGCUGCCACUGGUGUAAAUACCGCAACCUGUGCACCCACGACCCCGGCAGCUGUUCUUUCCAGGAGGGCAGAGUCAACGCCUCAGAGGAUUGCCCUCAGCUCCUCAACUCUGGGGAAAUUCUCAUUCCGGCCGGUGAGGUCCGACCCAUCACCCUGAGGGCCCGAAAUCUUCCCCAGCCGCAGUCGGGCCAGCGGGGCUACGAGUGCGUGGUGCAUGUGCAGGGUGCCAGCCACCGUGUCACAGCGUUGCGCUUCAACAGCACCAGUGUGCAGUGCCAGAACAGCUCGUACAUGUACGAGGGUGUGAAGAUCAGUGACCUGGCAGUGGACCUCUCCAUCGUAUGGAACGGCAAUUUCAUCAUCGACAAUCCCGAGAAGAUUAAAGUGCACCUCUACAAGUGCAGUGCCCAGCGGGACAGCUGUGGCAUGUGUCUGCGGGCAGAGAGGAAGUUCCAGUGUGGAUGGUGUAGUGGCGAGGGACGGUGCACCAUGAAGCAGCACUGUCUUCCUAUCUCCCCCUACGCUAGCCGCUGGCUCAACCUUUCUGCCAGGAAUGUCAAGUGCACCAACCCACGCAUUACUGAGGUGAGCCCAGUGGCAGGACCUCAAGAGGGGGGCACACUGGUCACCAUCCAGGGCCUAAACCUGGGUCUGUCCUUCUCCGAGCUGCAGGGCAACGUGGAGGUGGCGGGUGUGCAGUGCACCCCGCAGGAGGAGGGAUACAUCACAGCAGAACAGAUUGUGUGUGAGAUGGCUGCGGCUCCCAAAGGAAGUGCACCAGGUCCAGUUAAGCUGUGUGUCGGCGAAUGCAGACCAGAAUUACGUGCACAGUCCUCCCAGCUCUACUCCUUUGUGACCCCUUCGAUGCUGGCCCUUACCCCAGGCAGAGGACCUGAAUCUGGGGGCACCAAGGUCACCAUUGUCGGGGAGAAUCUGGGCGCUGGAAGCACUGUUAAUGUGUACUUUGGUAAUCAGACCUGUGAGCUGUAUAGGAGGACCAUGUCGGAGAUUGUGUGCUUCUCUGCGCCGUCUGUGACGAAAGCCGGACCAGUGCAAGUCAGUUUGAGUGUGGACAGGGCCAAAGUUCCUGGAAGUCUGGCCUUUGAGUACAUAGAAGACCCCACGGUCCAACGCAUUGAUCCCCUGUGGAGCAUUACCAGCGGACACACCACCCUGACAGUGACAGGAACCAACUUGGAUGUAGUUCAGGAGCCACGAGUCAGAGUCAAAUAUGGCGGCCAUGAAUCUGUCAAUGUGUGCAAAGUGCUGAACACAACCACCAUCAGCUGCUUUGCCCCCUCUCUGAAAGCAGAGUACACUGCAGACCAGGAGACGAUCAAACACGUGGACGAGUUUGGCUUUGUCUUCAACAACGUCCAAGCUCUGCUCACGUACAACAACACCAGUUUUGUAUACUACCCCAACCCUUACCUGGAACCACUCAGUCUAUCAGGAGUCCUGGAGCAGAAACCUGGUGCUCCAAUCAUACUCAAAGGACGUAACCUGGUGCCAUCGGCAUCUGGUGGAGCCAGGCUGAAUUACACGGUGCUUAUUGGAGAUACGCCCUGUUCUCUCACUGUGUCCGACACUCAGUUACUCUGUGAGCCACCAAACCUCACCGGGCAGCACAAAGUCCUGGUCCAAGUAGGAGGACUCCACAUCUCUCCAGGAGAAGUUCACAUCCGGUCCGACAGCCUGCUAACCCUUCCUGCCAUCUUCAGCAUCACAGCUGGAGGAGGGCUCCUCCUCAUCAUCGUCAUUAUAGUCCUACUGGCCUACAGACGGAAGUCACAUGAGAACGACCUCACUCUGAAGCGCCUGCAGAUGCAGAUGGACAAUCUGGAGUCCAGAGUGGCUCUGGAGUGCAAGGAGGCCUUUGCAGAGCUGCAGACAGACAUCAAUGAGUUAACGAGUGACCUGGACCGAGCUGGCAUCCCCUACCUGGACUAUCGCACUUACGCCAUGAGGGUUCUCUUCCCCGGAAUCGAUGAUCACCCUGUGCUCAGAGAGCUGGAGGUGCCGGGGAGCGGACAGGCGAAUGUGGAGAAAGCCUUGAAGCAGUUUGCUCAGCUGGUGAAUAACAAGGUUUUCCUGCUGACAUUCAUCCGUACACUGGAGCUGCAGCGCUCCUUCUCCAUGCGUGACCGCGGCUACGUUGCCUCGCUCAUCAUGACCGCUCUGCAGGGACGGCUGGAGUACGCCACAGACAUCCUCAAACACCUGCUCUCAGAUCUUAUAGAACGCAACCUGGAGAGCAAGAACCACCCCAAACUACUUUUACGCAGAACAGAGUCUGUGGCGGAAAAGAUGCUGACAAAUUGGUUUGCCUUCUUGCUGCACAAAUUUCUCAAGGAGUGUGCUGGCGAGCCUCUCUUCAUGCUCUUCUGUGCCAUCAAACAGCAAAUGGAAAAGGGACCCAUAGACUCCAUCACUGGAGAGGCACGCUAUUCCCUCAGUGAGGACAAACUCAUCAGACAGCAGAUUGAAUACAAGACGCUGACGCUGAGCUGUGUGAACCCAGACAAUGAGAACAGCCCAGAAAUCCCUGUCAAGGUGCUCAACUGUGACACCAUUACCCAGGUAAAGGAGAAGAUCCUGGAUGCAGUGUACAAGAACAUGCCCUACUCACAGCGACCACGAGCUGCAGACAUGGAUCUCGAGUGGCGGCAGGGUCGAACAGCUCGUGUGGUCUUGCAGGAUGAGGACAUCACCACCAAAAUAGAGAGCGACUGGAAGAGACUCAACACACUCAUGCACUACCAGGUGUCUGAGCGCUGUGUGGUGGCCUUGGUGCCCAAACAGAUGUCCUCUUUCAACAUUCCUUCCUCAGCCAGCUUCCCGCGCAGCAUCAGCAGAUACGGUGUGGAUGUACCCUUCCGCUCUACGCCCACCAGCCCAGACAGCCCCCACUCCCGUGUGCCCAUGCUGACCCCUGACCUGGAGAGUGGGGUCAAAGUUUGGCACUUAGUCAAGAACCACGACCAUGGGGACCAGAAAGAGGGCGAGCGCGGCAGUAAGAUGGUGUCUGAGAUCUACCUGACGAGGCUACUAGCAACAAAGGGCACACUGCAGAAGUUUGUGGAUGACCUGUUUGAGACCCUGUUCAGCACUGUGUGUCGGGGCACUGCCCUGCCUCUAGCAAUCAAAUACAUGUUCGACUUCCUGGACGAGCAGGCCGACAGGCACGGUAUUCAUGACAUGGACGUUCGUCACACCUGGAAGAGCAACUGCCUGCCCCUGCGCUUCUGGGUAAACGUGAUUAAGAAUCCCCAGUUUGUGUUUGACAUCCAUAAAAGCAGCAUCACAGACGCCUGUCUGUCUGUGGUGGCCCAAACCUUCAUGGACUCUUGCUCAACAUCUGAACAUCGUCUAGGCAAAGACUCACCCUCCACCAAACUACUCUAUGCCAAGGACAUACCGCAUUAUAAAAGCUGGGUAGAAAGGUACUACGCUGACAUCAACCGCCUGCCUGCCAUCAGUGAUCAGGAUAUGAAUGCCUAUCUGGCUGAACAGGCACGCCUUCACUCCAGUGAGUUCAACAUGCUUAGUGCCCUCCAUGAGAUCUACGCUUACGUCAGCAAGUACAGCCAAGAGAUCAUUGAGGCACUGGAGCAGGAUGAACAGGCCCAGAAGCAGAAGUUGGCGUAUAAAGUGGAGCAGAUCAUCUUAGCCAUGUCUACAGAGAGCUGAGACAACACACACACACACACACAUACACAUGCAAACAUACUCACCUACAUACAUACACAUCACAUUCAGUAUGCACACACUAUACAUACACACAACACAAUAUUUCGUUACAGAGGAUAAACCCAUCUGCAACACACGUGGCACACACACACAGACAUUGCAGAUUUAAUGGACCUACUGUAUAAACAAACUGACAGUACAUACACACAUGCCCAUUCAUCUAUAUACAGUAUACACACACACAUACAAGUGUACAUACACAAACCACUGCACACAUCAAACAGCAGAUCGUCCCAAAGCACGACUUUUGAAUCCAAUGUCAUUGUUUUUUCAGAAGAAACUCCAACAGGCAAACAUCCAACUUUUAAAAGGGUCCUAUAGAGAAAGAGACAGAGAGAAAGGGAGAAACAGAGAGUGAGAGAGAGAGAGAGAAAGAAAGGGGAUUUGGGCCAUCACAGUUGCUGAAUUUGCAGCCAAUUCUUAUCCGUUGUGUAAUGGUUUGUCUUUGUAGUGGGUACUUAUACAAAAUGUGUGUGUGUGGCAUGGCUGGAGCUCUGAGGAGAACAGCACUUAAUAAAGAAUGACUCAACUUGAAAAGUCACUGGAGGAGCUCAACAAAGACAGGAGCCAAUUUAAUGGGACGGCACAUGUGGUAAGACAAGACUCGAAGUACUUUUAAUAUGUCAAAGAUGACGGACACUUACUCGCACUACAUAUCACAGGCUUGGAGUGACAUCGCCAUUCGGAGCCAUUCAUAGCAAAGAUGUGUAACUUUGUGUUGUUAAGCCUUUUCCUAUUGCCUUUUAAAGGCUUAAAAAAGAAAACACUAAAGACUAUUGCAUAAUUACUUUUCAUUUCCCCACUUGAAGCUCCCUAUCAGAGUUUAUUUUUUGUUCAAUGAAGAUUUUCUGACUUAUAACUCAACACAAAAUUUGUCAUUGACAAGGUGAGGGUCCAGCUCUUUAAUAAUAUAACACUGAGAAGGUAUUACCUUCAAAUGUGAAAUAUAUGUAGAGAUAUUUCCAGACCCAAACCCUGACUUUUGUGCCAAAUAUACUGUCUCAUGUUUCAUUCAUGUUAAAUGCUCCUGUUGAAGCUAUUAAUAAUACAUGCCAUUAUGCGGAAAAAGAUCCCAUUUGAGAUAGGAAAUUUUGUACAGUGAUGAUCUAUAGACCACCAAUUCAACCAUUCAAAGAUAAGUGGAGACCAAAUUGAACUGUAGCAGAAAGCAUGAUUAAUGAUGCUCUAAGUCUGAUCGUGGAUCAGAUUAGCCUAACCCUGGCCAACAACAC